AUGCUGUUCCUUGAGAUACCUUAUGGUGAGCGGGGAGGGGACAAUGUUUUCCUGUUUGCUCUGGCCUCGCCCGCCUUUCCAACUUCGUUCGCCGGGAAGGUGUCACGACGCAACCUCCGCGACCAGCGUGCCAUCCGACGAACCAGAGCACAUCCGAACUUUUUGCUGCCGCUAUCGAGCGCGCUCGAGCUUUUCCAUCUAAUCUGCGGGGAAUUGCUUGCAUCGUUUUAUUGGGUGUCCCGGUCUCCCUACUUGGCCUACAGACCUUCGGACCCUCGGAAACGAAAGCAAACAGAAACGAAGAUCGCUGUCUUCCUGCUGAUCCUACCACCUCAUGAUAAAGCAUGCGGCACAGAAAGAGGGGAGUUGAAUGGGUCAACGGGAGGAGAUGCUCGAGCCCUCGGCGAUCUUCGCUCAGGGUGCCGGGUCAUAUUCGGCACCCCGUCCUGUCAAAGACCAGAAGGCCAAGAGAUAGUUCCCUUGCAGUUGGAGUCUCCUCACGAAAAGAGCUCCCGAGCCAAAGUGUCUCUAGAUGGGCCGAUGGACACCGCUUUUGCCUCAUUCCCUCUCGGAAAGUUCGAGACUGACUGCCGGACAUUUUUCUUUCUCAAUUUCUACCGAUUGCUAAGAUUCUCUCUCAUCGCUUCGCUCAUCUCGCGUGGACCGCGUGAUGCUGCCUUACGGCCGGAGAAACGAAUAUUGGUCCGUGAGAACCUGGUAGAGGCCACGAGGAUCGGCAUCGACAUGAAGGUCUUGGUUAUUGCUUAUUCCUCCUUCUCUCUCUGCUGUUCGAGGCGAGACUUUUGGUUCUCGGGCUUCGCCCUGUGGGCGACGAGGCUGACUUGGCUUGAGCAUCUCUUUGCCAACGAGUACUGCGUAUACCAGGUACCGUUCAAGUCUCCCUUUUGGAAGGGGAAAUCCUGGGUAAUGCAGCAGUCUAGGGAAUACACUGCUCUCUGGUUUCUGUGGAAUGCUGAGUUACAGCUUGCGAGAGAGAGCCGCAUGUACGACCUCGUGUACGGAUACGUGAUUCGGGCUACGACACAUAUGAUGGACUUGGAAGCGGAUGCUCCCGCCGCUUUCUUGUGCUUCCCGAGAGGGAGACGGUGUCUGUCUGCCGAGGAAUGCGGAAAGGCACUAUGUGCGGGUUCCAAGAGGAUUGGAUUACAUGCUUCUUUUGACUUCCUCUUGUUUAUGGAGGUUGUCUUGGGAUCACCAACCUUCUGA